AUGACUGACCAAGUCAUCAAGAUUAUCGAAGAAGACGCAAGAUUGGAAGGAGUGACGGAAUUGCGCACCUAUUCCAAGCAUAAUGGCGAGCUAAUCCUCGAUGGUGAUUUGCUCGCAGGAGUGGACCCAGAUGAACUGUGGGAUGAAAACUACGUACCAGUAAACGAAAUCAAAAGACUGAGUGAUGUAACCCUCCUAAAUGAAAAUAUUCCAGAUGACGAACUUGAAGAAUUACUAAUGGAUGCUGAAGCAGACAUCAUGGAAGCGAGGUUCGACAGGGACAGAAACCCAAGAUACGAUAGCGAAGCAAAUCAAUAUGAAGAUGAGCUAGAGGACGAAAUGUUUGACAGAAUGUUCAAGAAGAUUAAGGCUAAACAAGAUGCUGAAGAUCUGAUGGACGAAGACUACCAAGAACACGAAUGGAUAACUGCCAAUGAGGACAUGGACUACAAAGACGAAUACGAGUCUGAACUAGACGAUGAAGAGACCAAGCAAAUGUUAGACGAACUGGCAGCUGAGUUAGUGGAACUUGGAAAACCAGACGAAGAAGAAGUUCUGUUCGAAUUUGAUGACGACACACAAGAAGAUGUGGAAGUUGAAUCAGAAGAGGAAGAUGGUGUAGCUCGCGCAGGAGUGAGAUUCGCGGACACAGAUAAUGAUGAGUCCAACACCGAAGGAAUUGUAAGAAGCUACAGUGACGAUGGCGUCGAAGUUGGAGCGAAACGGGUACUUCGCCCAAGACACAAUCGAUCCUACUUCUCACAAGGGUUAAAAAUGAGACCCACUGAGAGAUACAGAAGAGAGAAAUCAAGAUUUGGACAGGCAUACCUGCAAAAAAGGAAUCCGCCUGUGCCAAACGUUCUGAGAAAAAGGCGUGCGAUGAGAAGAAAAGCACGAAUGAAAAGACUCCGAGUCUUGCUGUAUCAAGCGAUUAAGAAACGAAUUGACAUGCGAAGAAAUGGAGCACAGUUGCAAGGAAACCUUAUGCACGAGCGUUCCAUCCGAGAACGCGUGCACAAUUUGGCAUUCCAACAAGUCGGGAACACAAACAAAGGCGAAUAUGACGCUGACGAAGCGUUGGUAGUCGCUUGUGUUAUUCAACAAAUACGCGAGGGUGUCAACGGUGGUAAUGGACAAGACGGAGUCUCGUUCAUUCAGCAAUACUAUCUGAAUAAAGGACUGAAAAUAUUCAAGGAGCGAGGUAAAGGCGCGGCCAUGAAAGAACUUGACCAAUUAAUCAAGCGCAGUUGCUGGACACCGAUCAGUAUUGAGAAACUAAAACCAACCGAAAGAAAGAAGGCCGUAGAUGCGAUGAUGCUACUUGCCGAAAAGAAUGAUGGAGUAACAAUCAAAGGGCGGUGUGUAUUCAAAGGUAACGAGACCCGGGAUUGGUUGUCUCAUGAGGACACUGCAAGUCCACGGGUGUAA